AUGCGCUCCAACUCUUGUUCACGACUCUCAAGUUUUGCUCUGAGGUCCAAGCAUUCUGAAGACGGCAUCUUUAACUUUUCCGGCAACAACCUCGUCUCGCACGGCCUCAACUUGCGCAACCACUUUGCGGCAGCCCUGGGGGCGGCCCACAGCCUCAACUUUGAGGCAGGGGACAUGGCGACGAAGUGCCUCGAGGGGCCGAACGUCCCUCGGCUGGACGACCGUGUGUUCGACUCGGCGAUGCAAGCCUUCAACGACCUGGCCGCCCGGCCUCGGAUCCAGCACGUGUGCUCGCGCGUCGAUUGCGCGCACCUCUACACGUGCGAGGUGAAGGUGGCCGAGGCGGAGGCCCGGAGGGCUGGCAACCCCCUGAGGCCGGAGCGAACGGAGGGGUCGAGCUUUGAAUUGGCCACGUACGCCUUUGGGCAGGACAAGGUCAUCACCUUUGAUGGGACCUUCUUUGCCAACUCGAGCGCAAUGCAAGAUUCCGGCACGGAAGCGUCCUUGCACAGCAUCUGUGAGCCUGACCCGGAAGCGCCCAGGAUUGCUGGAGGCUUUACUCCUCUGAGCGUGGGUGGUGUGCGUCCCUCUGACGUGCCGCUAGAGGGAAUCGACUGCCCUUGGAAGUAUCGCAAUGGGUUGUCUGAGUUGCGGCCGGCUGUGCGUGCGCUUGCGCAAAGGUGGUGCAACUUUCGCAAGGCUCCGGCCCAAGGGAGCAACGCGCCUCUGAAGCCGAAGGGGUUUGUCGCCAUGCGAGAGGGGCUUCCGGCAAACGUCGCUGCUCUGCUCGACCUUGUGAUCGAGUCGGGAGCGUGUCGCGACCCUGCCACGUGUGCGAUUUGCAAGGCGGUGCCGCGGCGGCCGUGGAUGCAAGGGUUCCUCAAGGACGGGCCCGUGGGACCGACCGGCUGGUGCCCGACGCACUUUCAAGCGUACGAAGCCCUUCUUCACGCCCUGCUCAUCCCUCGCUACUCCUGGGUGUUUGGGCGCGUCGUCACUCUGAAGCUGCAGAGACACGCGUUGCUCGAGGGGCCGCUCGACGAGCGGGGGUUGGCGUACCUCUCCAACGACGGCCCCAUGUUGGCAGCCAUCUUGCGUCUCCAUCCCGUUGCCGGAGGGCUGUACGCCUUUCCGCCAACGCUCCGGUCGCUCGUUCGGGACAUCUACGCCACGAACCUCCUCUGCUUCGAGCCGAGCGCAAACCGGCCCGGCCCGUCCUCGCGUUCACCUCUGGCCGCUCUCCAUGAUGCUACCAAGCAUCUGUGGACAAUCGAAGCCGAGAGGCUGAGGCUCAUGGGCCAGCUUGAGGCGGCCGCAAUGGAGUACGCGGAGCGGCAAGGGGCGGCAUUGAAAAGGACCGCCAACUUGCUCUUGUUCGAGCUGGAGGUUCGCGAACCCCCGUGCUACCGCAAUGGCGGGUUCCUUCAAGCGCCAUCGGCGCUCUAUAGAGAACGGGUCGAGGCGGUAUCAACGUACGACUUCCACCCUCUGCUAUACGGGCGGCCGCAAUUUGUCGAUUGGGAGGACGCUUUGGGUCGGGGGAGAAAGGGUUCCGAGGAGCGGCUCACCCUUGAACACUGCAGCGCCCCCAACCCUCGAUCGUCAAAGGGGCGCGCGGGGAUGUUCAUCGCGUGCUGUCAAGACCGGGCCCCCUUGGGAUACCACUGGCUGAAAGGUGGCGAAUCCGUCUCGGACCUUGGAACAGUGCUCUUGACGCGGUUCCCAUUCAAGACGCUGCGGGGGCUCACGAUUGUGGAGGACGCCGCAUGCAACGCCCAGGAGUGGUUUUUGAACCGGGUGCCGCAGUUGGCCAAGUUUAUGUUGUUCGUCGUCGACCGCUUCCACUCGGGGCCGGUGAGCUGCGCACCGGCAGGGGCAAAGCGCUACGCAACGCACACGUGCGCGCCUACGCUCUUCAUUGACUCCUUUCCGCAGCACGGCCAUACGAUUACAACGGCUUCGGAGGGGGUCAAUUCUGGCCUGAAGCGAUGUGCAGCUAGCCUCCAGCAGAUCACGAGUAUUAGGAG